AUUUUAAUUAAAUAAAAAUGGACAAUAAGAAAUGUUUAUUUGAGAGAUUUGGAGGUGAUCAAUAAGUUUCUGAACUAAUUGAUCAAUUCUAUUAUAAAGUCCUCUUUGAUAAAUUAUUAAGAGAUAAGUUUCUCAAAGCUGACAUGAGUCGUGUAAGAUAUCAAUAGAAGAGAUUCUUUUCUUAAAUGAUGGGUGAUAAAAACACUUAAUAUACAGGCAGGUAUCAUACUGUUAUCUAAACAUUAGAGAUUUGGUUGAAGUUCAUAAAGGAUUGAACAUAACAAAUUAGCAGUUCGAUAAAUUUAAAGUGCAUCUCAAAAACAUAGCAUAGGAUAUGGAAGUAGGAGGAGCAGAUUUGGAAGAAUUACUCGAUCAUGUUGAAAAGUAUAGGGAAACCAUUGUGUUUAAUAAGGCAGCGUGAUUCUAUAAUUAUACAUUCACAUAAACAAUUUCAUCUAUAC